AUGAUGUUGGUGAAGACCAUGGUGGAGAUGAGAGUUUCGGAUUUCAGCAUUGCCAGGUACGAGCAUUCCUCCCAAGCUGAGAGCACCUUGGACUGUUUCAAGCAUUCGGCCUUCGUGCUGCUCCUGCAACUCAUGACCAUGGAGUCCUCCCGCUUCACCUGCAUUGACACCCAUGCAGGGCCGGCCUUGUACCACCUGGACCCGGUCGCCCUCCAGCGCCGCGGCGAGCCACUGGGGAUCCAACGAGCUGCACCGGAGCUGCGCCGGAGCUGGGACUCCACGCUGCACCACUACGUCCGAGCGGCGACCGCUACGUCCGUUGAGGAGGAGGAGGAGGAGGAUCAUCGAGUUGGUGCUGGUGAGGUGCAAUAUCUGGGCUCUCCUUUGUUGGCGCUGAAGUGGUUGAGGCCACAGGACAAGGCCAUCUUCUUCGAGCUCUCGGAGAGUGCCUGUCAUCAGCUUCGAGAGAAUGUCAAGUCGCAACGGAGUGAACUGGAGGCCACCGGAUCGCCGCUGGCGCUUUCACCGCUUGAGGAAUCGGGCGGUGUCAGGCUUCUCAUCCCCCAUUUAGCCUGA